AUGCGUUCAUCCGCUGUGUUGAUCCUUGCUGCUUUUGUGGCCGAGACCACUGCUUAUUACAACUUCACCUUCCCAACUGGUUUCAACCUGGGUGAGGUUUCGAGCACGAUUCUGGGACAAUGGUGCCAGGGUGAACGUAACACCUGCCCUCAAGUCUGCGGAGGAUCUGCUUCGGCCAACGAUUGCGAUUCUACUACUCUCAACUUCGACUGCACCUGCAGCAAUGGCACGACUCCCGAUCUAAACCCAUACGAGAACACCAUUCCAUUCUACGUGUGCCAGGAGAACUACAAGCAGUGCAUCCAGAACAACCCCAACGAUCUGGAUGCCCAAAAGCAAUGCAAGGCUAACGCGACUUGUGGCACGAUCAUCCUCGAUGCCGCUUCAAGCACCUCUGCUGCUCCCUCUACUACUAGCGCUGUCUCAACUGCCGCAGCCACCACCAUUGCUACUACCACCUCGGCUGCCUCGGCCACUAAGGCGUCCGGAACCGCUGCCAGUGCGACUACUUCUCACGGCGUUGCGUCCCUUCAAAUCUCUGCAGACCACGCAACCGGUUUCUUCGCUGCCGCCAUGCUUGCAGUCUUUGGCAUGAUGAUGUAA